AUGAAAAACUUUAAAUUUAUAAAAAUGCAAACAUUUAAUAUAAAAACAACUCAUAAUUUAUUUAAUAUAAAAACAACUCAUAAUUUAUUUAAUAUAAAAACAACUCAUAAUUUAUUAAAAAUAAAUGGUACAUUAAAUAGAUAUUAUAGUUCAAAUAUAAUAUUAAAAAAGAAAUUUACUGAUGAAAAUUUUAAUCAAUACUUAGCUGGUAUUAUAGAUGGUAAUGGAUUAUUAUUAUUGUCUAAAAAGGGAUAUGGAUCUUUAGAAAUUACUAUGGAUAGUCGAGAUGAAAGAUGUUUAGCUUAUCUUAAAACUAAAUUAUCCAGUGGAACUAUUAAAGCUAAAGCUGGUUAUAAAUCCGUAAGAUAUAGAAUAGUACAACAAACUGUUAUGUUUGAUUUAAUUAAUAGAAUUAAUGGUUUAAUAAGAUAUCCCCAAAAAAUAAAACAAUUAAAAAUUUUAUGUGAACAUUUUGGUAUUUCUUAUAUACCAUAUUCUAAUAUUGAUAUUAAUUCUGCUUAUUUUUCAGGAUUAUUUGAUGUUAAUGGUACUAUAACAUGUUUUAUUCAAAAUAAUAAACAUAAUUCUAUUUCAAAACCCCAAUUAUAUUUAUCCGUUUUUUCUAAAAAUAAAGAAGAUUUAAAUAUUUGAGUUAAGUUAUUUAAUGGAAAUAUAUAUAUUGAUCAUACAAAUAAAUAUUUAUCUUAUAAAUGAACCAUAAAAAAUAAACAGGAUAUUAUAUAUUUUUUACAAUAUACUAAAAAUAAUCCACUUAGAACUUUAAAACAAUCACGUAUAUUAUUAAUACCUCAAUAUUAUAGAUUAUAUGAAUUACAUGCUUUUAAAUUAGGAAAUGAAGUAUUAUAUAAAAAAUUUAAAUUAUGAUUUAAAAAUUUUAGUUCUUAUGGUUAUUCUAGAGAUGCUAAUAUUAAAUUAGAGGCUUCAGAAGUUAAAUAA